GCAGAGUUCGCCCUUUCGCACUUUGGCUCGUGCUGCUAUCACCUGCGCACUUCGUUUCUGGGUGUCGGAACCGCGUACCGUCGCCAUGGCCCGGCUCCUUUCGCAGACCGCCUCAGGCGCCCUAGCCCGACCAGCCACGGUGCUGGGCGCCAUGGAGAUGGGGCGCCGAAUUGACGCCCCCACCAGCGCCGCAGCCGUGCGCGCCUUCCUGGAGCGCGGCCACACCGAGCUGGACACGGCCUUCGUGUACAGCGACGGCCAGUCUGAGAGCAUCUUGGGCGGUCUGGGGCUUGGGCUGGGCGGCAGCGACUGCAAAGUGAAAAUUGCCACCAAGGCCAACCCUUGGGAUGGGAACUCACUGAAGCCUGACAGUCUCCGGUCCCAGCUGGAGACAUCGCUGAAACGAUUGCAGUGCACCCAGGUGGAUCUCUUCUACCUACAUGCACCUGACCACAGCACCCCUGUGGAAGAGACACUGCGCGCCUGCCACCAGCUGCACCAGGAGGGCAAGUUUGUGGAGCUUGGCCUCUCCAACUAUGCCUCCUGGGAGGUGGCCGAGAUCUGUACCCUCUGCAAGAACCACGGCUGGAUCCUGCCGACGGUGUACCAGGGCAUGUACAACGCCACCACCCGGCAGGUGGAAACAGAACUCUUCCCCUGUCUCAGGCACUUUGGAUUGAGGUUCUACGCCUACAACCCUUUGGCUGGGGGCCUGCUGACUGGCAAGUACAAAUACGAGGACAAGGACGGGAAGCAGCCUUUGGGCCGCUUCUUUGGGAAUAACUGGGCUGAGAUCUACAGGAAUCGCUUCUGGAAGGAGCACCACUUCAAGGCCAUUGCCCUGGUGGAGAAGGCCCUGCAGGCUGCUUACGGCCCCAGUGCCCCCAGCAUGACCUCGGCCGCCCUGCGGUGGAUGUACCACCACUCCCAGCUCCAGGGUGCCCGUGGGGAUGCGGUCAUCCUGGGUAUGUCGAGCCUGGAGCAGCUGGAGCAGAACUUGGCGGCCAGUGAGGAAGGUUCCCUGGAGCCUGCUAUCGUGGAUGCCUUUAACCAAGCCUGGCAUUUGGUUGCCCAUGAAUGUCCCAACUACUUCCGCUAGUUCCCAACAUGGCUGAAGUUGGCAAAAGAGUUCUUUCUCUUCUGUCACCUCUUCCAUUCUCUCACUCUGGCCAGGUCCCUGCCUUAAGCUGAUUUAGCGUGGAUUUUCCUAAUUCUCUUGAACCAGGUAUUAUUUUUCUAGAUUCCUGCCUUGCUCUCUGUUGCCUUCACAGUGUGUAAAGACUGAGGUUGAGCUUUACUGAGGCUUUUCGUGUCUGAAUAAAGCAGGCGCUUGGCCUGGCUGUAGCCGAGGCCUGGAGUGAAACCCA